GUUGGGCCACGGCUGCUGCUGCGUCCCCACCUCCGACUGCGGUUUCGAUCAGACUCGCCCUAGAACUGGUUUCGAUCAGGCGGCUGGGAGAGAGGCAGGGCGGAGCGGCUGGGACGCUCGGAGCAAACUAGGGACGCGCGGCCGAAAGCGGACAGUCCUGCGCUGGAGACAAAGAGCGGCCGGAGGAGAACCGAGUGCAGGAGCGCGGGUGUGGCGGCGGUGGCGAGCGUGUGGACUUCAGGGAGCUGGAGCCCGGAGCGCUCUCUGCGGGCGCGAGGGCUAGAGAUCGCCAGCCUGCGGCAGGUGCGCCACCCAGGAUGCGGACGCCGGUGGUGAUGACGCUGGGCAUGGUGCUCGCGCCCUGUGGGCUGUUACUCAACCUGACCAGCACGCUGACGCCCGGCUGGAGGCUGUUGGAGGGCUUCCUCGACCAGCCGCUGGACCUGGUGCUGUACCAGGGCCUGUGGGACAUGUGCCGCGAGCAGAGCAGUCGCCAGCGCCAGUGCGGCCAGCAGGACGACCUCGGCUACUUCGCCGCCGAGCCGGUGCGCGUGGCACGGGGACUGAUGGUCACGUCGCUGGCCGUCACGGGCCUGGGGCUGCUGCUGGCGACGCUCGGCGUGCGCUGCUGGAGAGACGAGCCUCACUUCGCGGUGGCCGGCUUCUCCGGCGUCGUGCUCUUCACCGCGGGCCUCUUGAGCCUCAUCCCAGUCUCCUGGUACAACCAUUUCUUGGCGGAUCGCACCGUCCUGCCGGCCCAGCCCAGCCCGGUCACGGUGCAGGUCGGCUACAGCUUGGUGCUGGGCUACCUGGGCAGCUGCCUGCUGCUGCUGGGCGGCUUCUCGCUGGCGCUCAGCUUCGCGCCCUGGUGCGCCGAGCGCUGUGACAGCUGCCGCAAGGCGCCCUCCAGCAGCGCACGCCGCAGCAGCAUUAGCACCGUGUACGUCGACGGGCCAGAGCCCGCACUCACGUCGGCCAUCAAGUACUAUAGUGAUGGCCAGCACCGGCCGCGGCCUCAUCAGCUGGGCGCCGCCAGCCAGCGCAAGGCCGGCUUCCCGAUGCCCCGGCCCCCACCCAAAUCCUACAGCAACCCGGUGGACGUGCUCGACGGGGAGAAGGCUCCAAACUCCGAACCCGGCGGGUCUUCCCGCAGCACUCGGCCCUGCGGCAGCACGCUGCCCUGCGACUCGGACGUGUAGGCGGCACCCCCAGCCUGCUCUGGCCCCAGCCCUGUCUCACCAGGAUCCAACUUUACCUUUCCGCUGAAAACACCUGGUUCGGAGUCGGACCUUGGGACACAUUCCUGUAACUGGUUUGGAGGGCCAUCUUCCUUUCCUUUGGCCAAACUAGAUCCCUUGGACUCUUGGUUCAGGUUGGGUUUGAUUUUCUCUUUAAGGAGUUUAGUGUUCCUCCCCAGAGGAAUCAAGGCCCUCUUCUGGAGCGACAGGCAUUUCAUACUUUUAGCUGGAGACUAGAAAGAGUGACUUUGCAUCUGUUGAUAAUAAUGUCAAAAUAAGCAAAUGGAGGCUCAGAACUGGUUUAACACCUUGAAACAGCAAUAUUCUGAAAUGCCUAUGAACCUUGGAUCAGUAUAAUUAUUAUUAAUUUCCCCCCACUGUAUAAUUCAUUUUCAUGCAAACUCUCAAGAGACUAGUAUGUUUCUGGUUAUAUUUGAAGGAGGCUCUUACAGUAAACGUAGAGCCAUGCAAAUACCAGCAGCUUUAGUGACUCUAAUGGGAUGAAGUAACCCGAUUAACUCAUAUUUACAUUUCCUCAGGUAUAAAGAGGAUUUAUCCUUUUAUCACUCACUCCAGAGUUUCUCUUCUAGAUGCAGAAGGAGAAUGAAGGGACUAAUGCUGUAUUGUUCUAUUUCUUGGCUACCUCACACUGGCCAUAAAGAGCUAUAUAUUAAAUAUUUGGAACAAAAUGGAACCUGUUAAUCUCAUUAGGCUAAUGUACAUGUGUAUAUAUCUCUUAUUUAUAAAUAAAAUUUGAGAGCAAGAGUUUCACUAUACUCACAGAAGCAUUUGUCUCCAGCAUAACCUUUGGAAGGUUAAGCUUUCAUUACUAACAAUUUCCUGGCUGCCUACACAGGCUAAAAUCUAGCACUCACAUCUUUGCACCUCAGUGUAAGAUUACUAAAAGUAGCCAAUGGGCCCCUUCACUCUUUGAUUGCUUUAUUUUCAGGUUCAUGCUGUUUUCUGUGCAAAGCCAAGUCUAUUGUUGAAAAAACUAGAAGCACCAGUUUCCACAUGAGGUGAGACUAGAAAUCUUCUUCUUUUAUAACAGUGCUGCCUAAAAUCGCAGGUAGGCAGCUAUGUGUGCAAUGAGCGGGACUAAAUCUCCAGCAGGGCUGGCUCCAAUUCCGAGUGGUUGAUUGAAGGGCUGUCUUGAACUGAACUGAAUGGUAGCCAAUUCAGAGGUAGGAGCAUUCAGCUCAGUAAACAUUGACAACACAGCUAUAAUAGAACUAACUCAGCAGCACAUGCAGAGUGUUAGCAGUGGAAGGGAUAAUGCAGAUUCAUUUUCUUUGCCAUUUUGUACUGGAGUCACCUGUUUCUUUUUGCAACCAAGCUUGAGUGUGCUGGUAUAUCACUGGGGGAUCUUUUUCAAAUGCAAAUUCUGAUUCAGUAGGUCUGGAGUGAGGCCUGAAACUGAUUUCCUAACUAGCUCCCAGGAGAUGCCAAUGCUGCUGUUUCACAGGGCCCCCUUGGGGCUGCAUGGCUUUCCUUGGGACUGUGCCUCACUCAAAUUUCAAUCCCGACUGGCAGCAUGUAAUCAGAUCUUUGAGAACUAUUGCCUAGAUGAGUUUGGGGAUUUGAUUUAGGGAAUCAAGCCAGACUAGAGAAAUGGCAAUCCUACUUUUUUCAGCUGACAGCUCAAAAGGUAGUAAUUGGGCACCUGAGAAGUCAGCACCAGGCAGACAACAUAAAGAUAUUGAGUUUCUGGCAAGUACCGAAUCUGCCUCUUGCCUGCAUCAUAAUUCCAGUGUUUCUAGAGAAGCCUUGGUAAAAACAGUCAGUACUUAGUGUGAUGUUACUUUUCCCUGUCUGGCCACUCUCCUCUGGCUUAUAUCCAAAACACUUCUUUGUGAUUAAGACUUGCUGCUGAGUUAGAACUCCGUUUUUGCUUCAUCCACAG